CUCCGCGCGGGUGCCGGGGAUUCGUUCGUUGCUGGCCCUCUGAUGGCGCCCCGGAGGCGCGCGCGCGCAGAUCGACGUGCUGCUGGGCGCCCUGGCUGCUCCUGCUCCGCCGCGGGCGCCGCUUUCCCACGUCGCCUACCGUGAUGCUGCGCACUUUGGGCGUGCAGGUCGUGGCGAGCAUCUUGGAGGCGAUCUUAAACUUCAUGGUGAUGAUCAUGCGGAUGAAGGGCCAGUGCAUGUUGGGCAGGUCGCGGAAGUGGGCGACCCUCCUAUAUAUCAUCAAGAUCCGGAUGCGUCUCCUCAUAAAGGGGGUCGUGGCGCUCUUUGCUACGAUGUACCUGCACUUCCUCGAGAUGAUUCUCGUGAAUGGGCUGCUGACCGUCUUCUGUCUGAAGGUGGUGUUCUCCGUCAAGCCCCUGCUGCAGUUCGUCGUGAUGAGUCUGUUGGUGCUAGUGCGCCUGGCGGUCUCCAGGGCGACGUCGUUGAUGUUCCUCGAGCCCUCGGUCAUGUCGUCCACGGAAAAUCCUGGUGGGCUGCGCGCCUGGUGAUUGCGCUUGGCUCCACCAGCUACGCAAUCAAGGUCCUUGGCAAGAACCCGUUCGCGAGCGCGUUCAGGGUGUCGAUCGUGUGCAUCCUGUGCGUGAUGCGCCUGGUCCUCGCGAGGUUGUUCGUCGUUCUGACUCCCAGCGACCCCCGUUUGGGUUCGUUCCCGACAGUUUUCGCCUUCCUGGUUUCCACGCGGAUGGGGGCACUGGGAGGGAAAACCGUGGGAAGCGGUAGCUUUUUCCUCCACCUGAGUAAAUGUGGAACGAUGAAAGGGUGAAUCUUCGAUUCGCAACGUGCCGCGAGGUUCCGUGCCA